UCCAACAAACUAUAAUUGGGACUAUUAGUAGAACUUUGUGCAACGUAUAAAAUCAGCCCUGCAUUUCAUCCACGAAUAGGGCUCGUAUGUCGAAGAUAAACACAGCACAUUCAGAGAAACGUCCGAUGUAAACUCCAUUCUUAAUAGUCCAGGUAGGAAAGAAACCAGCACUCCUGAAUACAUUCGGCGUUAUUUGUUGCAUCUGGGCUUGUAUUGCGGACAUUUUGAGAGCCUAACUCUUCCGUUGUGCUUGGUCAAAAGAAACUCGGGAUGGGAAAUCUCCUGCGGGGAGGGGAAAAAUUAAUCGGAAAAGCGUUUAAACAGCCAUUCCUUGUAGAAAUACGGCGCCACCGGCGAAAGACCGCAGCGGCUGAGACUACGUCUACCGUCGGCAAGGAGAGAAGGGUGGGGUUUGGACGAGGAAGUUCCGGGCAGCCUCUUCUGUGCCUCCGCUGCGCCUCCUGGCGGUCACUCCGGCACUUUGCUUCGGCUCACUCCAGCCAAGGGCCUCGUUGCCAAUUUAACUGCAGUCGCAGCGAAGGAGGCGCCCAGCGCUCCCGCCCUCCUCCUCCUGCCUGCAACUCCCCCUCCGCCGCUUCCCUGCGAGUUGACUCGGCACAGUAAGCGCAGGGCCUGAACUCGGGCCCGUCCCGUUCGUCCCGCCGCCGUCAUGGACAUGAAGAAACGGAUCCACUUGGAGUUACGAAACCUGACUCCUCCGGAUGUUAAAGAGCUUGUUCUUGAUAACUGCAGAUCAACUGGUGGUGAAAUUGAGGGACUCACAGAAGAGUUUGUGAACUUGGAGCUUCUCAGCCUAAUAAAUGUUGGACUGUUCUCUGUCUCAAAUCUCCCUAAACUCCCCAAAUUGAAAAAGCUUGAACUCAGUGAGAACAGAAUUUCUGGAGGCCUUGAUGUAUUAGCAGAAAAACUUCCUAACCUCACACAUUUAAAUCUCAGUGGAAAUAAACUGAAGGAUAUUGAUACUUUGGAACCAUUGAAAAAGUUGGACUCUCUGAAGAGCCUUGACCUGUUCAACUGUGAAGUAACAAAUCUAAAUGACUACCGAGAGUGUGUCUUCACACUUCUUCCACAACUCACAUAUCUGGAUGGAUUUGAUCAGGAAGAUAAAGAGGCUUCUGACUCAGAUGCUGAAGUAGAUGGUUUUGAUGAGGACGAUGAGGAGGAUUCCCUAUUUGAUAUAUAUAAACUCUUCUAUCUUUCUCAGAAGAUGAUGAUGACGAUGACGACGACAUAUAUGAGGACGAGGACGAAGACGAGGAUUCAUUUUAUGGUUUCUUUGGUUAUGAAGGGGGACAAGAUGAAGAAGAUGAAAAUAGUGGAGAGGAGGAAAAGGUUGUCCAUGACAGUGAAGAAGAUGAGGAAGAUGAUGAUGACGAUGACGAUGAUGAAAAGGAAGAAGAUGAAGAAGAGAAUAGGAAAGGUGAAAAACGAAAAAGAGAAACUGAUGACGAAGGGGAGGAAGAUGACGACUGAAUUCCUCUGUGUCUCCAAAGGACUGUUCAGUAUUUCUUGGGGUACCCCUUGGAUGAUCUGUGACUUGAGGAGCACGUGUGACGCACCUGUAGUUCUCCCCCUCCAAGCGCAGCACUCAAAAAAAGCCAAAGAGUCGGCUAUUCCUGUGACAUUCCAUGUACCCUGCAGCUGAUUUCUCCAGGUGGUUACAGACCUAGCCUUCUUGGGCUAGCACCUUCACUUAUCCCCUUGGGAGUUCCCAGGCCUUCAUCUCUUCCCAUUGCCCUAGCAAGAAGAACAAGCGCGAUGGGCCAGUCCUGGCUAUAGGGGCUCCGCAUCACCCACUGACUGUACUUCCCUUUUUACUCUCUGUCCAACAAGGCUUUGUAAAUAGAGUCCUAAAGUUUUGGGGACUGCUCUUCAUGCUUUGCUUUCCCUGCCUUUUUUCCUUUUCUAAGCCAUUGGAUAUUUUUUACAUUAGGAUGUUUUAUGCAACAACAGAAAAAGUAUUUUUAAGAACUUGAAUUAAAUAAAUGUUAUUUGAUAAACUAAUCUCGCAGUUAUUAUAUUCAGAGAGGUUUGAAAAUGUGCCUUUUUUUGUUUUUGCUUAAACUUUAGUAGACAGGGUUGUGAAUAUUCUGCAUUUGUGAAAUAAAACAGAAUCUGGAUUCUUUGAUCUAUUAAGGUUGUUUAGGUUAGGUAAUUUAUUUUGCUAUGCAAGUAAAUAACCCAGGAAGCCCUGCUUCUAUUUUUUUCCCCAGCUUCACAGAUUGUACAAUUUACAAUGUAAGUAAAUUUAGAAAACUGACUUUUGAAGUUAAUGUGCUUCCAGGUUAUGAAUGAACAGUACCAGGCUUGGAAGAUUUUAGGUGUUCACAAGAGUUUUCUAUCUAGACGUGUUACUUAUUCAGAUAUUGUUUGUAGCCGUAUUUUUAGCUAUUUUGCAUAAGUAUUUCAAAUAGCCAUACUAAUACUAUAAUCCUAUGCAUAUAGGAUAAUAGUAGCUGUAAUUGUACCCAGAGGAAUUUGCUGCCAUGUGUAAAGGAUUCUGGCUUAAUGCACAUGUUUCAGUAUUUGAUAGAAAUUCAGUAGUAGCACUUGGUUGGUAAUGUUUUUCUGAUCAAAAGGUGAAUUCUGGAACCUGUUAAAUGAAAUAUCAGAGGAUGUAUUUCUAAGGUUUCUUUACAUAGUUUUUGCAAUCCUGCCAAUCAGCAGUUUUGUUGUAAGGGAAGGUUCUAAUUCCAGCCUUACUAAAAAGCCAUUUGAUUGAAUUUCAGCUUUAAGGAAAAAAAGAGACAUAUAUGGACUAAAGCUGUUGAGGUAUCCUUUAUGGCAUGUGUGAUUAAGCAAUAGUAAAAUGUUCUUGUAGACUAGUAACAGGAUUUUCCAUAGUUACAUGGUUGGUAUAAGUAUUAACAAUGCUUAGCUUUUCAAAGAUCAUUCCUUGUAUUUAUUAAGUACAAGCCUUGUCAUUCUUUCAUAUGGGGAUAUGUCCCCAAUGGCAUUUUAAGUUUCCUUGCUUUUAAAUCACUGUAAUAGAAAAAAAAAUACUACCACCCAUAUAUCUUUAAAUAUAGUUAGGCGCUAUUUAAUAAAGCAUAAUCAGUUUGUCA